UUAACGGUAGCUUCACCAGCACAAUGAAACGCUUCUUUCUUUCUUUGCUUCUCCUGGAGUCUUUUCUACAUGAAUCGGCUCAAUGCACCGUCCAAGGCUCAGAGUUUCACCUGGAAGGAGAUUAUUUGUUGGCUGGACUUUUCAACAUUCACCAUGAUAGUUCUCCUGUUGUACAAGACCGACCAGAAGCCGUCAACUGCUCCAGUAAACCCUUCCUUCUUUCAAGUUAUCGGAGGUUUCAGUUGAUGAGAUUCUCUGUAGAGGAAAUCAAUAACUCCACCGACCUCCUGCCAAAUGUGUCUCUUGGAUAUGAGAUAUUUGACCACUGCUCAGAUAUACACAGUUUUCCAGGCAUCUUGAAACUUCUCUCAGUUGAUGGCUUGAUCCAACCUUGGGCUGAACCACCCAAGAAUCUGUCCAAAGUCAUGGCUGUGGUCGGCACUUAUACGAGCACUCAGGCACUGACUGUCGCCCCGCUGUUCAUGAUGGAUCUCAUUCCGAUGGUCAGUUACGCAGCUUCAAGUUCGGUAUUUUCAAGAAAACAGAAUUUCCCCUCUUUCCUACGAACAGUUCAUCCCAAUAAAGACGUUAUAGAAGUGAUUGUUAAUAUCAUGCAACACUUCAACUGGAGCUGGGUCGCAUUUCUUCACAUUGAUGAUGAUUAUGGAAACGAUGGCCGGGAAUUGUUCAUAAAGAAAAUUGAUGGCACUGAGAUUUGCCUGGGAUACACCAAAGGCCUUGAUCAACAUACUAAUUAUUCCCAAGUAUUCAGACAGAUAGAGGCACAUCAAAUAACUACUAUUAUUGUUUUUGCUCCUGAAUGGACUGCUGAAGCUCUCAUUAAAUCAGCAAUACAACAGAACGUCACCAACAAGGUGUGGAUAGCAGGAGAUGCAUGGUCCUUAAACAAGGAGCUCCCCAAAGAGAAAGGAAUACAUAAUAUUGGGACGAUACUUGGGGUCUCUGAACCAAAAGUUACAAUACCUGGUUUCAGUGAUUUUAUCCAUCAUUCCAAAGGCCAGACUCACUGUGAAAAUACAGAAAAAAGUAUGUUUUGCAAUCAGGUUUGCAACUGCAGCAGCCUGAAACCAGACGAAAUCCUCAAUGUGGAUCCAUCCUAUAAUUUUCCUGUUUAUGCUGCUGUACAUGCCAUCGCCCAUGCCUUACACAAUACCUUGCAAUGUGACUCAGGCAGAUGUAACAGGAGUAUUACAGCGUACCCAUACAUGGUUCUAGCAGAGCUGAAGAAGUCAAACUUUACCGUUUUAAAUCAAAGUGUCACUUUUGAUGAGAAUGGUGAUCCCAACUAUGGAUCCUAUUCUAUAGUUUUCUGGAACCAAAGCGGUGACGCACAGGAGAUUGGGUUUCAUAACUUUUACCCAAACUUGUAUUUCUUCAUCGACAACAGCAAAAUUCAGUGGAAGACAAAGGAAGUGCCUACUUCACGAUGUUCCCAAGAAUGUGAUGAAGGAUCCAAAAAAAUGCCAGAUGGAAUCCACAGAUGCUGUUUCAAAUGUGAAAUCUGUCCAAAGGGCACUUAUUUCAACAAAACAGAAGAUCCCUACGAGUGCAUCAACUGUAAGGAAACAGAAUGGUCUGCAGCAGGAAGCACAUCAUGUAAUCUGCGGGAGUUGGAGUUCGUCCCAUUCACAGACAUUGGUGCCAUGCUGAUCAUGGUGGGAGCCUGGGCCUUGGUGGUCCUCACAGUAGCCAUGUCCGUUCUCUUUGCCAUCAACUACAACACACCUGUCGUCAGAUCUGCAGGGGGGCCGAUGUGCUUCCUCAUUUUUGGCUGCCUGUGUCUGUCUAAUGUCAGUGUGUUCUUUUACUUUGGUAAGCCCACUGCUUCCUCUUGUGUGAUGAGGCUCUUACCAUUUCUCUUGUUUUACACCGUUUGUCUAGCAUGUUUUGUGGUGCGAUCUUUUCAAAUUGUUUUCAUUUUCAAAAUAGCUGCCAAGUUCCCAAAGCUCCACAGUGUGUGGAUAAAGUAUCAUGGACAGUGGCUGUUCAUCACGCUGACAUUUGUUACUCAGGCACUCUUUCUUCUUUUUGGCAACAUGUUUGCACCUGCAAAGCCCCACAAUGAAACCUCUUGGUACCCAGACAAAACCAUCCUUAUUUGUGGGAUGAGUAACGAAGCAUACGUUGGUCCUAUGGUUUUACUUGUGUCUCUAUGCUUCCUUUGCUUUAUUUUCUCAUACAUGGGCAAAGAUCUUCCUAAAAAUUACAAUGAAGCCAAAUCAAUAACCUUUUGCCUGCUCCUGCUGAUCCUCACAUGGAUCAUCUUUGCCACUGUGUUCUCACUUCACAGGAGCAAAGACAUCCAGACACUUAACGCCGUGGCAAUACUCUCAAGUCUCUACUCCUUUCUGUUGUGGUAUUUCAUGCCAAAAUGCUACAUCAUCAUUUUCCAAUCCCACAGAAACACGCAAGAGUAUUUCCAAGGUCUCAUUCAGAAUUAUACCACCAGAAAGUAGCAGAUACCAGUAAAUCUCUCUCUGGUUCAUAGAGGACAAGAAAUCUGGUUCAGGAGUCUUAUUUAAAUGAAAUUCUAUUUUUUUGUAGAAAUGCACAUAGUUCUUUAAACACAUCCCACUUUUGUUGUAGUGUAUUAGAUUAAUUGUUUAUUCAGUGUUUUUUGAUCUGGGGUUCAGG